GCGCAGGACGCCAGGACUUCCCGUGGAGCAGCGAGAGAACGCGGUAAAACGAGGAGAGAGGGCAGCAUGGCGUCCGACGACAAUAUGGCUAACGUUAACGGCCAGGAGGCUGCCUCCCUGAACGGAGAGCCGGUGGUGAAGCGGCCGAGGGAGAACGUCCAGCAGGACGUGUCGCUCCGCGCCCCGCGGGAGCCCCAGAACAAAGUGACCGUGGUGCUCGGAGCGCAGUGGGGCGACGAGGGGAAGGGAAAAGUUGUGGACUUGCUCGCCAUGGAUGCGGAUAUUGUAUGCAGGUGCCAGGGGGGAAACAAUGCAGGUCACACGGUGGUGGUGGAUUCAGUGGAGUACGACUUCCACCUGCUGCCCAGCGGCGUGCUCAACAAGAAGGCCAUCUCAUUCAUCGGCAAUGGAGUGGUGAUUCACCUGCCCGGUUUGUUUGAAGAGGCUGAGAAAAAUCUGCGGAAGGGGAAAGGAUUACAGGGAUGGGAGGAGAGGUUAAAGAUCUCCGAUCGGGCCCACAUCGUGUUUAACUUCCACCAAGCUGUCGAUGGGAUCCAGGAGCAGCAGCGGCAGCAGCAAGAAGGGAAAAAUUUGGGGACCACUAAGAAAGGCAUUGGACCAGCCUACUCAUCCAAAGCCGCUCGCAACGGUCUGAGAGUCUGUGACCUCGUCUCGGAUUUCAAGGUUUUUGAAGAGAAGUUUCGAAUGUUGGCCGAUCACUUCCUGGCCAUGUAUCCAAACCUCAACGUCGACAUCAAAGGGGAGCUGAAGCAGCUCAAAGAAUAUGCAGAGAAACUGCGCCCCCUGGUGACUGAUGGCGUGUACUUCAUGCACAAAGCUCUCACUGGUCCCAGCAAGAAAAUCCUGGUGGAGGGAGCCAACGCUGCUCUACUGGACAUCGACUUUGGGACGUACCCUUUCGUCACGUCUUCUAACUGCACCGUCGGCGGCGUCUGCACCGGGCUCGGUGUGCCUCCCUCGUACGUCGGCCGGGUCUACGGCGUCGUUAAAGCCUAUACGACCCGGGUGGGAGUUGGUGCUUUUCCAACUGAGCAGGAUAACGACAUCGGCGAUCUGCUGCAGAGCAGAGGGCGAGAGUUCGGCGUGACGACGGGCCGGAGGAGGCGCUGUGGUUGGCUGGACCUGAUUCUGGUCCGAUACGCCCACAUGGUCAACGGCUUCUCGGCAAUCGCUUUGACAAAGUUGGACAUCUUGGACACCUUGCCAGAGAUUAAAGUGGGCGUGGCUUACAAGGUUAAUGGCGAACCCCUGCCGAGCUUUCCAGCGAACAUGGACGUGUUGACGCGGGUGUCGGUGGACUACAAGACGUUGCCCGGCUGGCGCUGCAGCACCGAGACGGUCCGGAGCUUCGAGGAGUUGCCUCUUGAGGCGCAGAAUUACAUCCGCUUCAUCGAGGACUUCCUGCAAGUGCCGGUGAAGUGGGUCGGAGUGGGGAAGUCUAGAGAAAGCAUGAUCAAACUCUUCUGAUCCCCAGCAGCAGGACGAGGAAGAGGAGGAGCUUCACAUCAGCAAUCAUCAUUUCACACAAAGUGGAGGUCAGAGGUCAGGGGGUAGAAACCAGCAAUGCUGCUUGUGUGCCACAAUAAUAAAACAUCUUCAGAUCUAAUUUAUGCAUUCCUCAUGCUGACCUCUAUAUAUAUAUAUAUAUAUAUAUAUAAAAAAAAUUAUAUAUAGGGUGUUCAUUUUAAAAAGUUGAAUAACGAUAAUAAUGGUGCAGCUCUUCCCCGUAUCAGUCCAGUUAAGCACAGCCUGUUUUAGCGUUUGAACGUUAAUAAGCAGAUCUGACAUCUGUUUAAUACGCAAGUCUAUUUUUACAUUUUAAGAUGAGCAACUUCCAAAUAACAAAAAAGAGAUUAUAUUUGUUACGUGGCGGGGGGGGCACUAAACCUUGGAACUUUUCUGUUUUCUGCUUAGCACAUUAAAUUUUAGAGUAUAAAUGCAUCUCAAUUCUUAACUUGUAGAUAAUUUGUGUGAUGUGUGAAAGAACAAAAUGUAAAAAAAGAAAAACUCCUGAAGAUUGAAGGCAACACUAAGCCGUCUGAAUCAAUGAACUGCUUUUCACAUUUUCACAGAGUCGAGCAUUUGAAGUUUGUGUAAAUGUUCCGAUGGUGGGUGGUGAUGUACUGAGUGCAGCCCAAUGUGGCGAAUGUAAAAGACUAUUCCAGAGCUUGCUAUUCAUUAAAAGGAACCCAUCACAUGUA